GUCUCUGUUCCAAAGCUACUUUAAAGUACUCCUCCCUUUAUCUGCUAUUUCCUCAUUCUUUAAUUCUGCCCAAAAUUUCUCUACUUUCCUGCCAUCCUUCUAAUUUCACGCCCUUCUUCAAAGGUGUGGGAUUGGUCGCGUGACUUUAACGAGGAUUAGAUUGCAUCAACAAAUAUCUGUGAUAUGGAUCGAAUGAGUCAACAAGGGCAUUAUUUUCACUCUGAAAGUAUGCAUUUCACAAGCACCAACAUCUGUCUGCCUAAUAUAUGCCCAGUGGUUACAUCUUCAGGCAACGGAACUAUUCUAGAUUGCCAUUAUAUACUAGAUGCUCAUGACAGCUAUUUAGGUCGGCACUUUCAACCAGCUGCUCCUCUCUGGCCGGACCAACAGUUGAAUAGCUAUAAUAAUGAUGGUCAUGCUUUGGCUUGGCAUCUGUCUCUUCCAAUGCCAUAUGUACAAGCUCUCAGUGCUAAUGGAAGCUCAUCAGAGAAUGCAAGAAUUGGUCCACAGAGAUAUCAUGAUACAACUGGCAGCAGAAGUGGCCACAGAUUUCCCCAUCCUCCUCCACAGUACCAUAGCUUUCAUCAACAUGCACAAGAGAUCAGAGGUCACUCCUUCUACUUUCAUCCUCCUGUAAUUGCACCUUUGUAUAGAGUUCCAACGAAUCCUUCACGCAGUUCUUCAAUCCUCAUACAUGAUGCUAUUGAGAUAGGUGCUAGGCAUCCUGGCCAUGUACCAUUUGUAGGUGCACGUAUACACCAGUCUCAUAGAGGCAACAUGCACGAGGCAACUCUUAGACAUCAAAAUCAUCUUCCUGCGACCUUUUUCCUAGAUGAUGAUGUAGCUUUACUGGUUGACCAUCAUACUGAUAUGCGCUUGGACACUGAGGAUAUGUCUUAUGAGGAGCUUCUUGCAUUAGGUGAGCAGAUUGGCAACCCAAAAUCAGGUUUAUCAGAAAAUAUAAUUACAAGUCAAAUGAAGACCAAAACUUAUUUACGUUCUACUAAUGCGACUAACUUGGAGGAGGCAGCUUCUGAGGAGCAGGAAACUGAUCUUUGCAUAAUAUGCCAGGAUGAAUAUAAGAACCAAGAGAAGAUUGGAAUUCUUCGAUGCGGGCACGAAUAUCACACAGAUUGUUUAAAGAAAUGGUUACUUGAGAAAAAUGUCUGUCCCAUGUGCAAAUCCGUAGCAUUGACUCCGGGAGAGAAGUGUAUAUAAAAAACAAUGAGAUUUACAUGUCUCUCUGUUCCUACAUGCACACUUCUUAGCCACUACAUUUUUUCUAACGAAUUCAUAUUUUGUUAAGUAUAUGACCUCGUAUAUACACAGUUGCAUUGUCCGGUUCAAUUAUUUGUUGGCACCAUUGCACCAGAAAAUUGUAUGUAUAUCAAGUUCUUCUGUUGAUAUGUUAACUUUAGGCAAUUACAUUUUUGCUAGUUUUUUGUUUCACUUUUUAUGUGAAUGGUUGAAUGUGUCCAAGUCUAGAAUUAAACCUUUUUAUUCA